CUUUCAACUCCCUACACAAAUUGUGUACUUCUGUGAUUUUUGCUCACCGUUCUCAUGAUCAUUUUGACCCCACGGGAUGAGAUCUUGCGUGGGGCCCCAGAUCAAGGGAGAUCAUCAAUGGUCUUCCUGGUGCAGGUCCACAAUUUUCCUCCUGGUGUCCUUCAACAGCUCUUUGGUCUUGGCCAUGGUUGAGUUUGGAGUCUGACUGUUUGAGGCUGUGGACAGGAGUCUUUUAUACAGAUAACCAGUUCAAACAGGUGCCAUUAAUACAGCGCCAGCAUAGCAGACAGAGCUGCCUGAAGAUGAGGAGCUUUAUGUUGAUAGUCCUUCUGGCUCCUUGUUGGGUCCACGGCGGAGUGAAGUCCAGAGUUAGUACGGAGGAAACUCUGGAAGAAAACCCCGAGCGUGAUGCCCUGAACUCCAUCCUGUCGGAUUAUGAGGUGCUGCCAGUGUCAGGCCUACAACUUCACUCUGUUAGGAAGAGGGACGUCCACGCCCAGUCUCACCUGGAGCGCCUGGUGAGCUUCAGAGCCCUGCACAGAAAUUUCAAGCUUUACCUGACCACCAACACAGGCCUGUUCACUGACAACUUCAAAGCUGUCUUUGUUGAUAAAAAUGGGAAGGAGGAAAACUACGAUGUUCACCUUCAGAAUUAUUUCACAGGACAUGUUGUUGGAGAGGAGAACUCACGUGUGCAGGCACACAUUGAAGGAGAUGAGUUUUCAGCUCACAUUCUUACUGAUGACGCAGAGUACAAUAUAGAGCCUCUGUGGAGGUUCACAGAUUCCCCGAUCGAUGGCAGACUCCUCGUGUAUCGCUCUGAAGACAUCAAGAACCUGAGCCGUAUCGCCUCUCCAAAAGUGUGUGGGUACGUUCACGCAGAGGCCAAUGACCUACUGCCACAGUCUGCCAGGAGGGACAGGGAUGGGAAGGAGGAGAUGGACCAGGAAAGAGGACACCACCACAGAGAGAAGAGGCAGGCUCACGAUCACAAGAAGAACACCUGCCACCUGCUGCUAGUUGCGGAUUACCGUUUCUUUAAACACAUGGGCCGCGGACAAGAGAGCGUCACUCUCAACUACCUGAUUGAGCUGAUCGAUCGAGUUGAUGACAUUUACAGAAACACAACCUGGGACGAUGAAUUCAAAGGCUAUGGGGUCCAGAUCCAUCAGAUCAUCAUCAACAAGGAGCCAACAAAGCCUCCCGCCGGCCAUGUUGGUUCUAACUGGGUCCACUAUAACAUGGAGAACAGCCCUGGGAAGGGGAGGGAGGUCUGGGAUGUGAAGAGACUUCUUGAGCAAUUCAGCUCAGACAUCGCUGACAACGCCUCCGUUGUGUGUCUGGCCCACCUGUUCACCUACCAGGACUUUGAUGAGGGCACACUAGGGCUGGCCUACGUGGCCCCCUCCAAACCUCUGGCCCUGGGUGGUCUCUGUCCAAGAGCGUACUACCCAUCCCACUCUACAAAGAAACCCAGUUACCUCAACACGGGCCUGACCAGCACCAAGAACUACGGAAAAACCAUCCUCACAAAGGAAGCUGAUUUGGUGACCACUCAUGAGCUUGGCCACAACUUUGGAGCCGAGCACGAUCCUGACAACAUCCAGUACUGUGCUCCCAGCGACGACAACGGGGGGAAGUUUGUCAUGUACCCCAUCGCCGUGAGUGGAGACCAUGUCAACAACAAGCGUUUCUCCAACUGCAGCAAGAUCUCAGUGGGAAAGACGUUACGUUUUAAGGCUCCCGAUUGCUUCAAAGUGAGGAACAGUAAAGUAUGUGGGAACUCCAGAGUGGAGGAGGGGGAGGAGUGUGACCCCGGGCUGCUUCACAUCAACGACGACCCCUGCUGCACUUCUGACUGUAAAUUUCAAUCCGGUGUACAGUGCAGUGACAGAAACAGCCCUUGCUGUAGAAACUGCAAGUUUGAGCAGGCAGGGACAAGGUGUCAGGAACCAAUCAGUGCGACCUGUAAGGGCAUAUCAUCCUGCACAGGCAACAGCAGCCAGUGUCCACCUCCUGAAAAUGCUGCAGACGACACGGUGUGUGUCGACAGUGGCCGGUGCCACAAUGGAGAAUGUAACCCUUUCUGUGAGGCCAUGCAGAACCUUCAGUCCUGUGCCUGCAACGAGACGGAGGACUCGUGCAAAGUGUGCUGCAGGGGAAAAAAUGGCACCUGUUCCCCGUUCAUCCAGCUCAAUGGCAGUUUUCUUUACCUCCGCAAAGGGAAACCCUGCACCGUGGGCUUCUGCGACGAGGCCGGAAAGUGCAUGAAGCAGGUGCAGGACGUGAUCGAGAGGUUGUGGGAUUUUAUCGACAAGCUGGACAUCAACACGUUCGGGAAGUUCCUGGCUGAUAACAUCGUGGGCUCUGUGGUGGUGUUUUCCCUUGUUUUCUGGAUUCCUCUCAGUAUCCUGGUUCACUGUGUGGACAAGCGACUUGACCAGCAGUACGAGGAGAACACUAAGUCCUUAUUCUACCCUCCAAGUAGUCAAGAAAUGCUGAACAACCUCGAGUCAACAUCCAUGCGCAUCGUCAAGCCUCCUCAACCUCCCUCCUCCUCCGGCGGCCGGACCGCGCACUUCUCCCCGCCCCUCCACCAGGCUCAGCAGCUGAACCAGGCUGCCACUCCUCCCGCAACCACCACCAGCAGCAGCAGCAGUACCCAGGACCCCGGUCCGAGCUACGUCCCCACCCCGGACAGCGCAGGGGGGCUCCGGAUGGCCACCAUCCAGGAGGACACCAGCAGCGACUCUCACCUGGUAGAGGAGGGCCUGCCGGACGAUUUCACAACCGCAGGAGCCUCCUCGUCGGCUACGAAAUCCUCCUACGAGGAUCUGACAGAACAGAACCAGUCAGCAAGGGGGGACCGCCGGCGCCUCAAGAGGCAGGAGUGCGUUGACACUAAAGAGACGGAGUGCUGAGAGCCGUCAGCACUGAUCGUGUUUUAGGGAACAUGCAAAUUCACGCUGCAUCAUAUCUGUUGCUCUUUUUCUCUUGUUGCAAAUCACAGACUGUAAGUGUUGAAUGGUAAAUAUACAUUAAAAUGUAGAUCUAACUCUAACAGAACUACAGACGAGAAUCAGAUGUUAAUCUGUCAGCUGGAUUAAACCACCAUGUGAAUAGAUCAUUAAGACUGCAAACAACGUCGAGGUAAUUUGAUUUUUCCAAAGUAGAUCUACAGAGACAGAUCUGCUUAGGAACAGUUGGCCCAAACAUUCAGUAAAUUGUCAUCGUGUCAUAACCCAGAGCUUACAUUUUCUGUGAAUGUGCAGAUUCUUUUCAACAACAAAAAGUUGUUCCUUAAGAAGAUGAGCUGUGAUUCUGACUCAUAAGUUACAGAGCUUUUUAACGUAGUAAAGCUGUUUUUGUUUUUCAUUAAAGGAAACAUUUCAGUGUGAGGCAUUAAGCAACAAACACUGACCUUUUAACUUUAAAGAAAUGUUGUGUCAUAUCUGCACUUGAAGUAUUUUAAACAUCACUGGAAAAGAAAGUUGUAUACAUGUUGUCAAUGUUGAGUGUCAUCAGUGGUUUGUUUUCAUUCUAAAAACUGACUUGUGUGAUAUUUUUGACAUCUUUCUACUUGAGCUUCGUCAUGUUCAUACUGAGUUAAAGAAUGCUUGUCUGCAUCAGUAUUACAAACUUAUGUAUCAUACUCAAGGUGCCUUUUCUGAGUUUGUAUCUCACUGUUAAGACUUCUAGCGGCACAAAAAAAUGUAAAAAAUCCCCUCAUGUGAAGGUAUUCUUGACAAUCCUGCAUUUAAUUUCAAAAGGAACUUAUAGAGGUGCUCCAUGUUAUUUUAUCACUUUGUUUUCUGUCUUUGUGCCAACACAAGUGAAAGCCUGUCUUAUUUAACAAUGUCUCACCGCUGUUGCCUGCUGUGUCACGUUUAGACUGUAAAAUAUGUAACUGCUGGUCAAGAAAAGGAAGUAGUUGCUAACAUUGACUCUGCUGGAUAGAUGUGAACUGUUACACAAUGAGCAGCUGUCCCAUGUCCUGAUGAUAAGUAUGUUAUUGAUGUUUCUAUGCUUUUUUUAAACACAUCUCAAAAUAAAGAAUCUUUAUUGUGCUUUAAACAUGAAA